CAAGUCCGCAUAGGCGUAGCCGAGUCGGCAACAAAGCCUCUCCAAAAUCUCUUAUAUUCUUCGUCUCGCCAUUUCUUGCUCGAUCUCUCUACUCUCGCGUUUCUUCGAACGCCAUGGCUGUCAUCUCGGAAUUCCAUGAAAAAGAAAAGCAGCAGAAGCCCUCUUCGUCUUCUUCCACCUCAGGCCUCGAUGGCGACGAGGAGGUCCUGAGGUUGAUCCUCGAGAGGAAGGGACCUAUGCCCUUCCUCGAGAUGGCGAUCGAUCUGGUAAGGCGGCACUCGGGCCUCUUCAAAGACGGAGCGGCGGUGAGCAAAAUAACGGCUGUGGUGGCCGCAGCCAAAGAAAAGGUCGACGCUGAGGAGAGGCUGAAGAAGAGGGCGGCAGCGGAAGCGGCGGAGGCCGAAAAGCGUCUCAAGGAGACGGUGACGAAAGUUCCGGAGGAUAAGAUGGAGGUGGAUGCCCCAAAGAAGCAACAAGCAGUCGAGGUUGAAGCAUCAAAAGUGGAAGCCGCCGAGGCCAGUGGAAAAGGGGGCCCAUUGGUGCCAAACUCUGGAAAUGGUCUGGAUCUGGAUAAGUAUUCUUGGACUCAGACGCUUCAAGAAGUUACUGUCAAUAUUCCAGUUCCUCAGGGAAGUAAAUCAAGGUUUGUGGCAUGUGAAAUAAAGAAGAAUCAUUUAAAGGUUGGGCUAAAGGGACAACCGCUUAUUAUAGAUGGUGAUCUGUAUCAAUCAGUCAAAGCAGAGGAUUGCUUCUGGAGUAUAGAGGAUGGGAAAUCCAUCUGUAUACUUUUGACCAAACAAAAUCAAAUGGAAUGGUGGAAAUGUUUGGUGAAAGGUGAUCCUGAAAUUGACACACAGAAAGUAGAACCUGAGAACAGCAAGCUGUCUGAUUUGGAUCCUGAAACUCGGCAAACUGUAGAGAAAAUGAUGUUUGAUCAGCGGCAGAAAGCUAUGGGUCUCCCUACAAGUGAUGAGAUGCAGAAGCAAGAAAUUCUCAAGAAAUUCAUGGCCCAGCAUCCAGAAAUGGACUUUUCAAGAGCAAAACUAGCAUAGGAUCUGUUGUCGCUAGUGCUUCUGGUCGACCAGAUAAAGGAGCGCCAAGUGAUAACUGGUUAUUUUUCUGAUGAUAAAGCUCAGUUCUUUCCGUCAGUGGGUCCUUAAUUUUGUGGAACUAAAACUAGUUUCGGGUUCAUGUUUCUUCGUGCAACUGCAUAUGCAGCACUUGGUCCUCCUCGUUUUUGUUUUGGGAACCUAAGGUUAUUAUUAUUAUAUUUUUUUGAUAAGAGAACCUAAGCUUAUUAUUAUUAUAUUUUUUUGAUAAGAGAACCUAAGCUUAUCGCUACGUGGAAUGAAACACUGUUAUUUCUCUGUUUUUUUUU